CGGAUUCAGCAGCAGUCGUCGCCUCAUGUUUGCUGCGAGCUGACAGUCACUUGCUUGGCUCCUCGUGUCAAGAAAUCCCGUUCCAGCUCGCCAAGAAGCAUCUGCUGCAGAAUUUAAUAGCAGAAUCUACGAAGGCUGACGGUCAAGAAAUCCCGUUCGAGCUCGACAAGAAGCAUCUGCUGCCUUCACGUUGUAGGAGAUUUGUGAGAAUUCGCGAUAAUCACCUUCAACUUCUUGGCUCCUCGUUUCAAGAAAUCCCGUUCUAGCUCGCCAAGAAGCAUCUGCUACCUUCGUCGCGUUGACCCUGACUCGUGAUUAACAUUUCCGGCUUUAGCUACACUUGAGGUCAUUAGUCGAUUUGUGUAACCGUCCCUGAUUCAGUUCGUUGAGCAUUCGUCAGGCCAUCAAUCUGCAGCGGCAUUUUCGUCGCGACAAGUGAACUGAUCUGCGAGGUUUCGCGAAUGUUACAAAUUUCUGUAACCGUUUGAAUAGCGAGCAGAAUCGUCAAGAAUUCAGCGGGAUUCGAUCCAAUUCCAGCAAAGGCCACAUGCUUGGCAGUCUUCUCUCGUUUUGAGACUUCUCAAGUCUCCAUCUGACUCCAGCAGAGGAUUUGAUUUGGUUCCAGCAGAGGCCUCAUGGCAGACUUUUCCUCCUCGCCGUCAGCCGCUGAGUCGACUAACCCUACCAACCAAUCAGCCCACCAACCAAUCCCGCGCGAUCCUCCCCAACCAAUCCCGAGGCUCCCAGGCCACGCGCAAGUGCUCGGCCGACCCAACCUACUCUCCUUCUCACCCAAUCAACCUCCUCCCCUUCCUCCUCUCCCUCCUCACUCACACUCCAACCCUCCCGCUCACUCACACUACAAUCCUCACUCGCACAUGCAUCUGCUGCACCCAAUCCCCGAAGAAGACUCCACCUCGCUCUCUCAAUCCGGCUCCAGCCCCGCUCGCUCGCACUCCCUCCCGUUGGAUCCUGCUGCUGCUGAAAAUGCUACAUCGGCAGCAGCAGCAGCAGCAGCAGCAGCAGCAGGCGGCGGCAGCAGUAGCAGCAGCGGCAGCGGCAGCAGCAGCACUGAUAGCAGCCGUCGUGUGACGUUUUCAGAGGGUGUUCAGCUGCCCGAGAGGGGCAGAAACAGCUGGAGAGGCGACAGUGAACCGGCAAGUGGGAGAGAGGCCAGAAGGGACAUUGGAAGAGAGAUUGGACGAGAGCAGCUAGGAGAGGGAGAACGGACAGUGGUAGGAGCAGAGCCGUUAAUGGAUGAACCAGUGGUAAUGAGAGACGCAGGAAGUCUUAUAACGAGUACAGGGGCGCUUGAGGAGGGGAUGAGGCGGAGCGUAGGGGAUGGGUCUGCAUUGGACGGUCCAGAUUACGGGUUUGGGAUCUGUGCGGUGGAUUUUGAUGGAGGGUUGGGUGGGGGGAUUGGUGGGGAGGUGGGGUUUGAGAGGGGAGGGGGAGGCGUGGAGCGGAUGUGGGAGGGGGACCUCUGCGACUGCUUUGACGACUCGUCCGUUGCCACACAGACCGCCUGUUGCCCGUGCAUCACAUUCGGGCAGAACAUGGCAAUGGCUGGAUUCGGGAACUGUGCCCCUCAGGCGCUCAUCUACUGCGCUCUAACCUGGGGAGCCUGCUCGUGCUCGCAGCUCAUUGCCCUCUGCUCCACUCUCGACUUCUUCUCAUCCCUCGGACUCGUUCUCUACUGCCUUGGCACCUCCUACUCGGCACGUUUCCGCACUCAAACACGCAGGCGGUUCAACAUUCAGGGUGACGAAGCAACGGAUUGCAUCUAUCAUGCCUGCUGCUCCUGCUGCGCUCUCUGCCAGGAGGCACGUACUCUUCGGAUGAAUAAUGUCCGGAGAGGCAUGUGGGGAGGAAGAGGGCACAUGGGGAGUGUAGCGCCCAACACCAAGUCCCUCAUGCUAGUUCCCCCACUCCCCUUUCAUAUGACAGCCAUGCCAUCCCCUCCCACAUCCCCCGUCACCUCACCCUCAAGCUCGAGCAGAGCCCCUCUGUUUUCAUCGCCCGCCUCGUAAAGCAGGGUUGAAGCUUUACUAUAAACAAUGCAUUGUUUCCGGGGUCUCAUAUUCGUCUUAGGGAGGCUGAUUGCUCAGGCCUGCCCUUCUCAGAACCCAUUUUUGUCAGGGUAGUUUUCUUUUUUUUGCCUGAAAUUUCAGGCUGAAAUUUUCGAAAGGCUGACGAAGCAGGGAAAACGCAAUGAAUCAGUUCGUCGCGUGAUUGAGGGAAAAUUCGUGUUUUCAAGGAACUGCUGAAACCCCACCUACUGGGUGUUUCUGCACUAGAUUUGCCAAGGAC